UUUGUAUCGUAACCUUGCGUUAAAGUCUUGUGGGGACGUAGUCUAUAUAAGCUCUGGAUUAUUAAAGGUGCGGCUGUUUACCUCUUUGUAUUCACAUUAUCAGUGUCCGUUAAUAUGAGAUUUUAUCUAUUAGCUGCCGCGGCAUUUACCGUCGCCUCAGCCCAACAAUACACCACCCCAGUCCCCAUCCUCAAACAAAUCAACAAACACAACGAAGACGGUUCAUACAGUUACGGUUACGAAGCCGCUGAUGGCACCUACAAGAUAGAAACCAAAUACCCAGAUGGGCAAGUUUUCGGUAAAUAUGGCUACGUCGACGACCAAGGCAAACUCCGAACUGUCGAAUACGGCGCUAGUAGGAGAGGUUUCGAACCAGCUGGUAACGAGAUCCAAGUGCCUCCACCCACCUUGAAAAUCAACAACGACUACGCCAAACCCCUAGGUUCCAACGAGGAAGAUGAUGGCCAAUACAGAGAGGACCCUAGUGUCUACUAUAAGAACGAGCCUUACGCGCAAACCCAACCAAGGUAUCCCCAGUCGAUUUACAGACAACCUCCUUUUGAACCACAACCUGGGUACAACCCCCGACCUGCUUACAGACCUCCCACUGCCUAUAGACCUCAACCAGCUUACCAGCCCACCUACCAACCCUCUUUUAGGCCCCAAACCAGCUUCAACAACUUCCCGAGGCAACCGAAUUAUUACAAUCCUGCACCACCUGCGUACCCCAAUUACCACCCUUUCCAAGGACACCCCGCCACUAAUGUGGACCUAAAUAGCGGGUCCUACACCGUCAACUAUAGAAGAUAAUUGUUUUAUUUAAACUGUUAAGCGAACAAACUAGUCUUAUUUUUAUUUGUAAUUUUACAGGCAGUACUUUGUAAACCAAGUAAUUUAAGUCUAUUUUUUGUAAGGAUAAAAUAAACAUUUGUGAUAAACGAAA